AUGCAGUCCAGAGAGAAGAUCCUCCAUCCCAGAUUCUGCAAGUGGCAAGUGGACGACAUUCUGCAGAACAUCCUCGAUGCAGACAAAAGCCCAACCCCGUUCAUCGACCCAAGGAACAACCUUGCGGUUUUGGCUCGUCCGCCGCAGCAUACCCGGGCGUUGAUCCAGGAGAUUCAGAAUGAGAUUGCCCUUAUUGCCGGUUCCUGCAAAAAUCGGUCAGGUCUUUGGCUUGUGCCGUCGGAUCAUCUACAUGUCACCACCCUGGAGAUUGCAGCUGCGCGGGCCGAGCCCGAGAUUGAGGAUAUAGUCUCAUUUCUCAAGCAGCGCCUGUCUUUAUCAGAGUUAGUCAACUACACGCUCGCUCAUCGUGCUCGGCUGGUCAAACCGAUUGUGAGCUAUGAUGCCUCCGCGAUCGCACUGACUUUCGUCCCCGCCGCUGAAGAAAAUGAUGCAUACACCUACCAUCAUUUACGAAGCGAUCUCUAUAACACAGUGGCUCGCACGGGAUGUCCGAUUAUUUCUCGAUAUACUGUGCCAUCGGCACAUAUCACCAUCGCUCGGUUUGUCACCGAUCCUGCACUAGAAGCUGUUGCGCCAAAUGUCUUUCGUGAAAGUGUCUCGCGACUGCUUCGUCAAAUCGAGGCCAUCAAUACGGAGCUCAUCUCUGACGACUGGCGGCGCACAGUAGGGCCUAAGCGAACGAAAUCCCACAAUCCUCGACUCGCUCCUCUCCGACAAGCGACAAUCCAACGACCACCACCUCGCUAUCCGGCCAAGUCAGUCAAAAUGGUAAGGACCCGUGCUCCGUUCUCCUGCUCUAUCCCGAAGUCCUGGACUGGCUUUCAUAUCGCGACAGAGGCUCACGAGUUUUCCUCUGCACAGGUCAACAUCCCGAAAACCCGCCGGACGUACUGCAAGUCCAAGGACUGCCACAAGCACACCCAGCACAAGGUCACCCAGUACAAGGCUGGCAAGGCCUCGCUGUACGCCCAGGGUAAGCGCCGUUACGACCGAAAGCAGAGUGGUUACGGUGGUCAGACCAAGCCCGUCUUCCACAAGAAGGCCAAGACCACCAAGAAGGUCGUCCUGCGUCUCGAGUGCACUGCUUGCAAGACCAAGAAGCAGCUGGCUCUGAAGCGCUGCAAGCACUUCGAGUUGGGUGGUGACAAGAAGACCAAGGGUGCUGCUCUGGUCUUCUAAGCGUUCGAUUUCCUUGUUCGGAUUCUGGGUUUCCUGCAUUGCACAAGACGCUUCGCUGCUCUUGCGGAG